AUGCCGCCAUACUUGAAAAUAUACGACGGAACUACGGACCCAGAGGAUCACCUAAUUCAUUAUGUUACUGCGGUAAAGGGCAAUGAUCUAUCAAAAGAACAGGUACCUUCUGUACUACUAAAAGAGUUCAGUGAGACCUUGACAUGGUACUCCCAGUUACCAGCGCGUUCGAUAUUGACAUUCGAAGAGAUGGCGGACAAAUUCGCCACCGCUCAUGUAGGGGCAAAGAAGGCUGAAGCUAGGGUCAAUGAUAUCUUUACUGUCAGGCAAACAACGGGCGAAGGACUUCGGUAUUUCCUGUCCCGAUUCAACAGAAUAAGGAUGAGCCUACCAAACGUGUCAGAAGGGAUGACAGUGGCAGCCUUUCAAAAUGGGUUAAACAGGAACGGAUCAAAGGCAACCAAAAAACUGCUUAGUAGACUCAUGAAGUAUCCCCCUACCACGUGGGAAGAGAUCCAUAACGCCUAUUGCGCCGAGGUAAGGGCAGAUGAGGACGACCUGAACAGCCUGAUUCAGCGAUUAACAUCAGUUCAGACCGAGGCAAGGAGAUAUCGACGUAACGAUGGGCGAAGAGAUCAACCACCACGUUUUAAUCGAGAAAGGCAUCUGCCCUAUGUUCGAACAUCCAACCCGCCCCCUCCACGACAUGCGGAUGUCGUGCUACGACACACUGCGCCCCUCCGAAACGAAAGAGGUAUGCCUCCAAUACUAUUUGCUUAUAACUUUUGUGUUUCCCCUUCAGAGAUAGUGUAUGCACUGGAGAAUCUAGGCACGAAGGUGCAGUGGCCACAAAAAAUGAAAUCGGACCCAAGCACUAGGAGGUCAAACGUCCUCUGUGAAUUACACCAAGAAAGAGGACACAAGACUGAAGAUUGCAUAGGUCUGCGGCAAGAAGUUGUUAGGAUGUUGAACUAG